AUGGCACCACAGACUGCGACCUCGCCUUCACUGCCUCAACCACACAUUGACCUUCAGAAAGGAUGGCCAACACCGCGCCUACUUCCCAGCCAGGCGCUCCUCGCUGCCGCUGAGGCAACACUCUCCGGGCCGGCACGCGCCACAGAGGCCUUGCUCUACGGACCUAACAUAGGCGACCCUGCGCUGCGAAGAGAAUGUGCCGAAUGGCUGUCUCGCCUCUACUGCCUCCGAUCACCACCAUCACCACCACCACCGGCCGGAUCAGCCUCCCAGAAUGGUGCUCCUGCUCCUGUCCCCAUCUCUCCUGACCGCAUCUGCAUCACAGCCGGCGCGUCGGGAAAUCUGGCCUGUAUCAUGGCCGCCUUUACAGACCCGGUCUACACUCGCCGCGUCUGGAUGGUGGAACCGACCUAUUUCCUGGCAUGCACCGUCUUUGACGAUGCCGGCUUUCAAGGUCGUCUGGUCGGUGUUCCGGAAGAUGAAGACGGUCUGGACGUCGAGCUCCUGCGUCGGCGAAUCGAAGCGGUCGAUCGUGAGGAAGCAGCCUCGGAGCCUAUGUACAAGCGUCCGGAUAGAUAUCCUAAGCUCUACCGGCAUGUGAUUUAUAUGGUUCCUACCUUCAGCAAUCCCAGCGCAAAGACAUACACAUUGGAGCGUAGGGAAGCUCUGGUCCGACUGGCAAGAGAGGUGGAUGCGCUCCUCAUUACCGACGAUUGUUACGAUUUCUUGUCGUGGACAAUGUCAUCCAAAGAGCAAGGGAAAGGGCCAGAGACCUCUCCCUGCAAUGGGACCUCUCCUUUGCACCAGCGAAACGCUCAGGCUCCUCCGCCCCCACCCCGACUCGUCGACGUCGACCAGUCCCUCCCUGGAGGUGACCAGGAAUGGGGCAACGCCGUCAGCAACGGGUCCUUCUCCAAGGUCAUGGGACCGGGGCUGAGAUGUGGAUGGGCAGAAGCCACCCCCAAAUUCAUCUGGAGGCUAAACCAAGUCGGAGCCACGUUAUCAGGUGGGGCUCCGGGCCAAUUCUCCUCCACCCUCAUUGAACAUGUGCUUCGCACCGGUGCGCUCGAAGCGCAUGUUCAAAACGUCCUCAUCCCCCUGUACCAGACUCGGUCUGCCACCAUUCGACGCGCGAUCGAGGAACAUCUGGGUCCGUUGGGGGUGGAAAUCCACAUCGGUCGACCGUACCAUGUCAAGAUGGACGCUGGCCACGACGAAGAGGUCAUUGGCGGCUUCUUCCUGUACAUCUUGUUCCCGCAAGGCAUCCUGGCCGAUGAGGUUGCUGCUGUCGCGCUGAAGGAACAAAAUAUCCGCUUUUUGGCCGCUGGCAUGAUGGCUGUGAGAGGAAGCAAGUCGUCCAGUGAUCUGUUGAAGAGGGGUGCGAGAUUAUGUUGGGCAUGGGAGGAGGAGGACCGGCUCGUGGAAGGAGUCCAGAGGAUAGCACAGGUGUUGAAGGAGAAAUUUCUAACCACCAACGGAUACCAUUAG